CUCCGACUUUCAAUUUUGUCUGAAACCAGAGCUCAGUGCGUGGUCUCUCUGUUUCUCCCUGGCCUUAUCAAAGGUGUUAAGUCAUGGCGACGAAGAAAGUGAUAGCUAUAUGUCAGUCAGGGGGACAUUUUGUGACUAAUAAAGAUGGAUUAUUAGCUUACACCGAUGGGGAUGCUUACGCCAUAGACAUCGAUCAGAAUACUUCUAUGAGCGAUUUCAGAGCCGAAUUAGCUGAGAAUUUCGGGUUUAGUUGGGAGACUAUGACACUUAAGUACUUCCUCCCUGGAAACAAGAAAACCCUUAUCACCAUCUCCAAGGAGAAAGAUUUCAAACGUAUGGUCAGCUUUUCCGCAGACGCACCCAAUGUCGAGAUAUUCGUCUUACCCGAGGAACCUGAUGCGAGAAAUGUGUCCAACAUGCCAGCUAGUAGGUCAAGUAGGACAACCACAUCGGAAGCAGUAGUACCUGUAGUUUCUGCAGGUGAUGUUGUUAUGGGAGAUGAUAUAACAACAAAUGAUUAUCACAUAGAUAUGGGAAUAAUGCCUGACGAAAGCAGCCCUUUGCCGUGCGAUUUCGUUUUGACCGACGAGAAACAACAUGUAAAACCUGCACAGCAGUGGGAAAACACUAUCACCGGUGUUGACCAAAGGUUCAACAGCUUUACAGAGUUCCGAGAUGCAUUGCACAAGUACUCGAUUGCGCAUGGUUUCACUUACAAGUACAAGAAAAACGAUAGCCAUCGCGUUUCAGUCAAGUGCAAGGCUCAAGGCUGUCCAUGGCGCAUCACUGCAUCCAGGCUUUCGACCACGCAGCUAAUAUGCAUCAAGAAAAUGAAUCCGAGGCACACUUGUGAGAGAGCGGUUGUGAAAGCCGGUUACCGUGCAACGAAAGGUUGGGUUGGGAGUAUUAUAAAGGAGAAGUUGAAAGCUUUUCCGGAUUACAAGCCCAAGGAUAUUGCAGAGGAUAUAAAAAGAGAGUAUGGGAUUCAACUGAACUACUCACAGGCAUGGAGAGCUAAAGAGAUUGCUAGAGAGCAGCUUCAAGGUUCUUAUAAAGAGGCAUAUAGUCAACUUCCCUUUUUCUGCGAGAAGAUCAAGGAGACGAAUCCUGGAAGUAUUGCCACUUUCAUGACGAAAGAAGAUUCAAGCUUCCAUCGUCUUUUCAUAUCUUUCUAUGCAUCGAUAUCUGGGUUUAGACAAGGUUGUCGCCCUCUCCUUUUCCUUGACAGUGCCGUCUUGAACUCCAAGUACCAAGGGGUUAUGCUUGUUGCUACAGCUCCUGAUGCAGAGGAUGGAAUAUUUCCAGUAGCUUUUGCAGUUGUGGAUUCCGAGACUGAAGAGAACUGGGUUUGGUUUCUGGAGAAUCUCAAAGUGGCAUUGGCUGAUUCCAGGAGAAUCACAUUUGUAGCAGAUUUCCAAAACGGUCUGAAGAAUGCAUUGCCUCUGGUGUUUGGAGAUGGACACCAUCAUGCCUAUUGUCUGCGCCACCUAGCUGAGAAACUAAACAUGGACUUAAAGGCUCAGUUUUCUCAUGAAGCAAGACGGUUUAUGCUCAACGAUUUCUAUGCUGCUGCUUAUGCGACACAACCCGAGGGAUAUUACCGUUCGUUGGAGAAUAUAAAAAGUAUUUCCCCUGAUGCUUACGCUUGGGUUAUUGAAAGUGAACCACACCAUUGGGCAAAUGCUUUGUUCGAAGGAGACAGAUAUAACCACAUGAACUCCACGUUUGGGAUAGAUUUCUACAGCUGGGUUUCCGAAGCACACGAGCUUCCCAUAACACAAAUGAUAGACGAACUUAGAGCAAAGCUGAUGCAAUCGAUAUAUACGCGUCAGGUACAAUCCCGGGAAUGGGUUGUUACAACGCUAACACCAACUAACGAGGAGAAGCUACAGAAAGAAACAGAACUCGCAAGGUCACUUCAGGUUUCAGCGCUUCACAAUAGCUUAUUCGAGGUUCAUGGUGAAUCCAUCAACAUUGUUGAUAUCAAUCAGUGUGAUUGUGACUGUAAGCAAUGGAGACUAACUGGUUUACCGUGCAGCCACGCGAUUGCAGUGAUUGAGUGCAGCGAGAAAAGCCCUUAUGAAUACUGCUCCAGAUACUUUACCUUAGAGAGUUACCGGUUUAUGUAUGCUGAGUCCAUUAACCCUGUCCCUAACGGGAUGAUGAUGAUGACGAUGGUGGAGGAGCCUCCCAUUGAUGGGGUUGUUUCAGUAACGCCUCCGCCCAUGAGAAGGACACCGGGGAGGCCAAAGAGUAAGCAGGUGGAACCAAUAGACAUGAUCAAGCGUCAGCUUCAGUGUAGCAACUGUAAGGGAUUAGGACACAACAAGAAGACCUGUAAAGCCAUGUCCUAAGUAGAGACGACGAGACCGGCUAGGACAAGCGGCACAGAAUCAUUGUUUAAAUGGCAUCAAACUUGGUGAGAGAUUUUGCAGCAAAUUUGCAAGGCAUUUCCUUGUAUUUAACUUGUUUUCCUUCCCAUCGUAUUACAUUUUUUCAUGGAUUUUUGGAAUUACAGUCCAUAGAUUUUUUUUUCUUUUUCUGAAAGUGGAACAUGAUAAUUUGGAUUCACUACACA